AUGUUGCCUAAUUUUCAAUGCUUUGUUUGGCUUUUUGUGAAACAAAUAUGGCAAAACAUUUCAAUGCUCAAACAUUUGAAAAGAAACCGUUUUCUGAAACAGUACAUUCUAUGGUUGCAGGUGUUCCGGUGCUACGGAAGCAUUGCAAUGCCAGUCUAUUUCUUAACAGUAGUACCCGGAAGAGAACCCCAGCGUUACAAAGAUCUCAUAGAAACGUGUGACGGUGAAACAGUGAUAGAAAUGAGUGACAUAGAGGAUGACAGUGAAAUAUCCUUCUCAGUCAAAUUUUUGGGACGUAUCGAGGUGGUCCGUCCAGGUGGGAUGCAGAUUCUCACAGAUGCAGCAGAAGCCCUGCAGAACCCUAAUACAGAGGUCGAUGUGAAAAUGAAGAAGUCUAAAAAUAAAGUACAUCUGUUUCUUACCAGAAGUGCCAUUGACAUCCUGGAACACAAGACAAAGUUCAUGCUGUACACAUGCCCUCUGGCCUCCGUUUCAUUCUGUGCCGUUCAUCCGACCCAACCCAAAAUCCUCGGCUUUGUAGCCAAGCACCCGGCGGCAGACAUGUUCCACUGCUACAUCUUACAAAGCAAGAAGUUUUCUCAUCUGCUGGUGUCUGUAAUCGGUGACGCCUUCCAGGCUUGUAAACAGAAUGAAAGUCUAGGAGGGGGUCGUGACCUUGUUGUGGAGGCCCUGAGACACAAGAAUAAGAUACUGCAGCGCGAGAACACCGAGCUGAAGAGGAGACUGCGAGCCAAUGGAGAAAAUGACGAUUCGGACUCUGAAAAACUUUCUUCUGACUCAGGACAGUCACAAUCGCAAGUGAGAUUCUUUUCAGAAGACGACAAAGUUCCUUUGAAGAGGAAUUUCUGAGUAAAAGUGAAUGAAUUCAAGAGAAAUUACGUUAAUAGCUGAAAUGCCACCAACUGUAGAUGAAAUCAUCACAACAGCCCCUAAAACACUAGAAAUUAAUUUUGUCAAAUGAAAAAAAGGUAAACAUUAUAAAAGUAACAAAAAAUAAAAAUAAUAAUACUAAAAGACAUUAGUUUAAACAUUAAAGCAUUGUACAACAACUUGUUAAAAAUAAACAUUUG